GCUGCAUACCUAGGUAAACAGAAACACUAGUGGUAACGUGCAUGAAAGGCCACCUGAUCUGAUCUUCCACUCCUUCUCCUCGUCUCAAAAAUUAUUCAUUCCACCCGAGGAGCUCAACACAUCCGAGUCCCUUCAGAGGCAUCUCAUUCUAUCUCAGUGUGCAACAGACCUGUUCACAAACUUCAAGCCGGCAUGGAAUUCUCAAUGAAUUGGACGCUGCUAGGUGGUGCGGUGGUCGCUUACUAUGUGACACUUGUCUUUUAUCGUUUAUUUCUUCACCCUUUGGCUCUAUUCCCAGGACCGAGGCUGGCAGCAGUCUCGCGAUGGUAUGAGGGCUACUAUGAUGUAGUCUUGGAUGGACAGUAUACCUCUAAGAUCGGGGAAUUACACAGAAUCUAUGGACCCAUCAUCCGCAUCAGUCCACACGAACUGCAUGUGAACGAUCCCAAAUUCUUCGACACCAUCUAUUGUAUGGAUGGACGUUGGGACAAGUACUCUUGGGCAUAUGAUGCAUUUGGAGCCAGAAACUCUACCAUAUUUGGCUCAGGACAUGACAAUCAUAAAUCCCGGCGUCGUGCUAUAGCCACAUUCUUCUCGAAGCCAAAUAUUGCUUCACGACAACCUGUCUUGCGCCGGAACCUGGACAAACUCUGCCAGCGUAUUUCCGGUCUCACUGGGUCUACCUUCAAUCUAGGAGCGGCCAUUAGUGCUUUCACGCGAGAUAGUGCCAACGAGCUUAUUGUAGGCAGACAGUAUAAUGAGCUUGACUCCGAUGACUUUGGUGUUGGACUAUCUAUCGCGUCUCAAGGAGCAGGACCAUUCUGGCGGAUAACCAAGCAUGUUCACUGGUUUGGUCCUACGAUCAGGGGAAUGCCAAUUGACUGGGCUAUGAAGAUGGCUGACGAUAACACGAAAGCUUUUCUUGGCUGCUUAAUGCAAUCGGAACAACACACACGAGAAACUCUGGCAGCAGCUGCAGCAUCGCCCCCUUCUGAUAAAUCAGCCGGUGAGACCAUGAUACACGCUAUUGUGUAUAGUGAUCUUCCACCAGCCGAAAAGACCUUUGAUCGUGUUCUCGAGGAGGUCAUGACGGUGACUGGUGCAGCGUUUGAAACAACCGCUAGCGCCCUCAGACUGAUCCUGUUCCAUGUCUAUACAAAUGAAGAGAUUCUGAGGCGGCUCAGGAUCGAGAUCACUUCACUUUCUGAGAAUUCGUAUGAUGCAAUCGAUUUGAAGAAAUUGGAGCAGCUGCCGUAUCUCACGGCGGUACUGACAGAAGGCAUGCGUCUUAGUCCUGCAAUUUCUUCGCGAGCAGCACGCGUCUCGGAUAAGGAUCUCUUUUAUGACAAAUGGCGGAUUCCUGCUGGCACGCCAGUUGGAAUGACUACUUUGUUGUUACACACUGAUGAGGAAUUGUAUCCGGAUCCAAUGUGCUUCAAUCCAGACCGGUGGUUGGUUUCCGCAGCUGGGGAAGCGACCGCUUCUUUGUACGCUCCGUUUGGACGAGGAACGAGGAUUUGCGUUGGCAUGCACCUGGCUUGGGCCGAGAUGUAUCAGCUUGUUGCUGCUUUGGUCCAGCGAUUCGAUUUUACCAUUAAGGAUGCCACAGCUGCGGACUUUGAGUUGUACCAAGACAACUUUGGAAUCGGGACCAGGGCAGGGUGUGACUUGCUGGUUCAUGCCACGCCAUACAAUCUCUGAUGAACAAUGCGAACUACUGAGAAACUUUUGUACACAGAACCUUGAAAGUGGGCAUGGAUGAUUGUGGAUGCUGAGAGUUUGAAUGAAUUGCCUCUGUAUCGUUGACCGAGAACCUGUUGAAAUUGAUGCGCUUCAAGAUUGCCGGCCCGUCAGAAGGCUCAGAUUAACAUUAUUGAGACAACUAGUUAGUAUUACAGACCGAGAUAUACGCUACCGUGGUUUGCACAUUCAUGAAAAG